AUGGAGGCAAUACUGGCCAGGAGGGUGCAUGAUGUUGAAGCUGCUGAUGAGUAUCUCAUCAAGUGGGCUAAUGAACCUUAUUCGAGAGUCUCUUGGCAUUCUAUGGACGUUCUAGUGAACCAGGACGGCGGUGCUGCCAUGAGGAUACGAAAGUUUGAGGAACGGCAUCCAAGAGAGAUAGAUAAGAACGUGGACUUCCCCAUCACUACACUUGAGCAGGGGGGUCCAUCAUCAGGACAACAACAACCAGCAGCAGCAGUGGACAGCCCUAGAAGGAAACGCUCGGGCUCGGCUG